AGCUCCAAGCCCCGGGCUCAGUUUACCUUGGCGACCGUUGCUCAGGAGCCUGCUCCACGUCACCUGGCAACAGUUGCCAAGGAGGAUUGUUCCCUGGCCUGCCAGCCAGGCCUCUCUGACCCAGCAGCGGCUGUGGCCUGGCAUGGCGUCCACUUCAGUGCUCGUCAACCGAGAGGAGGCGGGCGUGCCCGCUGGCACCUACUCCUAUUGCAGCCGACCCCGGGCCGUGACCAACCGCCAGCGGUAUCGGACUGCCUUGGAGACCAAUGAGCUAGACGAGGAACCGGUUCACUAUGCAAAUCUCAUGUACGAGCGGAGAGUGGUUCGCGGCAACACCUAUGCCCUUCAUGUGUUACCUUGGAGCAGCGAGCCGGAUCCAUUGGAGCUGCAACGGCAGCGUGAAGCCCAUCGGAAGAUGCUGGCCAGGAAGAGGGCGAAAGAACAGCUGCGGACCGGAACCCCAGAACCGCUGGAAGGCAGGCGGCACGUGGAUGUGCAGACAGAAUUGUACCUGGAAGAGCUUGCGGACCGCAUCAUCGAGGUAGACGUGGAAUGUCAAACAGACGCCUUUCUGGACCGGCCGGCCACUCCGCUCUUCAUCCCUACAAAGACCGGCAGAGACGUGGCCACGCAAAUAUGGGAAGGAGAGCUUUUUGAUUUUGACAUCGAAGUCCGGCCAAUGCUUGAGGUUCUGGUUGGCAAAACAAUAGAGCAGGCUUUGCUGGAGGUGGCGGAAGAAGAGGAACUCGCCAACCUGCAGGCGCAUCAGUAUGCCUUCCACGAAAUGCGGGCGGCAGAACUCGCUGAGGUCCAGCGCCUUGAAGAGCAAGAGAGGCGACACCGAGAAGAAAAGGAACGUCGUAAAAAGCAGCAGACGGAAAUCACAAAGAAGGAGAAAGAAACGGCGGAGAAGAUCGCGGCCCGAGCCUUCGCCCAGCGCUACCUCUCGGACCUCCUUCCGUCCGUCUUUGGCAGCCUUCGCGACAGCGGAUACUUCUACGACCCCGUGGAAAGAGACAUCGAGAUGGGCUUCAUGCCUUGGAUAAUGGUGAAGAUGGAGACAUUGCUGGAGAAGAAGAUCCUCAGCCGAGUCAUUGCUGAUAGCUUAAUUCGCGACGUGAUGGAAAUGAGGCUGGAGGCCUUUGAACUCGGCGUGUUGCCCCAACCCUUCCAAGUUUUCCAACCACCUGACCAGGAAUCGGAGCCCACAGACACCGACAGCUCCAUGCUGACUGAGCCCUUGGGGCCACUGGGGUCUCCUGAGCGAUCCGAAAGGGCCGGCCAGCCGGAAGAAGGCUUGGGCCAGGCGGAGAAGGGUCAGGCAGGAGGUCGUGGUGAUGGGGAAACGGCUGAACCGCCAGAAGUCCCAGGUCAAUCAGAAGAUCCAGCAGCAGCUCCGGAUCAGGGCCAGGAGGAACAGCCGGAAGACGUGGGGUCCGAGCCCCAGGGGUUUCGAACCCGCACCCGCAAAUCCUGCCAUCCGUCCCACCUCCCCGACCAGCUGCUGAGAGCGGCACUGCCCUUGUCGGGCGCCUCCUUCGGGCCGCCGAGGGACGCGCAGGAGGAACGUCGGCUGCUCUUACGCCCCUCCGCAGCAGCCGGAGCUGGACAGGGGGAGGAGCCCGGGUGCCCCCCCCCCCCGCUCAGUCGCCCUGCCACCUUUCUGCAGGAGGAACAGACAUACAUCAAAUACUGCCAGAGAAAAGCACUUCCUUUUCCAGCUGAGCUUGGAGGACGGAGCCGCCCCCCGCCCCAGCUCCAGGAGGCGGCUGGUCCACCCCUUCACGGCUCUCCCAGGCAGGACAUUCCUCCUGAUUUUGAGAUUGGACCCCCCAAAGCAGAGCCCCCCGCAGCUCUUGCUCCGGAGAAGAAACCCACCUCCCCUUCCCUGGGACAUCCCUCCACGUAUCGGAAGGCCAUUUUCAUGUCUCCUCUGUGGCCGCCUCUUUCGGGCUAA